AUGGCAAACAUCUCAGGCUUCGAGGCGGUCCUAGCGAGGCUGGAGAGCGUUGCAGAUCGCCUCGAGAAGGGCGCUGCCGUGGGUGGUGGUGGUGGUGGUGGAGGCAGUCCAGGAGAGGAUGUGCCACCCAUCGCACAAGCGUUUGAUGUUUUCACGCAGAGCAAACUGCCGACCAUUGAGGGCUGUGCGAAGGAUUUGGCCAAUCAGGAGGUCACUGAUGCCACCGCGAUCUAUGCACAGGGCCUGCGGCUAGUGGCAGAAGCACGUUGCCAUGCAGAUGACUCAGAUGACACCUUUUUGGCACCUGCAAGAGUCACUUUCAACAUUUGCGGUCUUGAUGGCACAACAUUUCAGCUCGAAGCCAAUAAGACUGCCACGGUGGAAGAUAUUUCCAAGCGUAUCGCUGCACAAAUUGACUUGCAGGUGGGUAAAAUGCUGGUGCUGACAUCGGGCGGUAAAAUGUUAGAAGACUCUGAAGAGGCUGAAGGCUUGUGGCAACAAGUUUCCGAUGCAGAGGUUACAUACAUCAUACAACAAGUUAGCGCAGGUCAGGCAGUGGUUUCUUUCUUGCAAGCCUUGUCGGGAGAAGAAGGAGUUCGCUUGUGUGCGAAAGAUGUGUGUGCCAUUGAUGCAAUUGCCUCAUUGACCUUUGGCGAGAAUUUCAAUGAGAGUUUGAAAGGCGUCCUGCUGCCGAGCCGUUUGCAGAAUUUGACUUUUGGCAACGAUUUCGACCAGAGCCUGAACGAUGUCACCUUCCCAAGCAGUCUGCAGACUUUGACGUUUGGCGACCGGUUCAACCGUUGUUUGAAAGGCGUCAAUCUGCCUGACAGCUUGGAGACCUUGACCUUCGGCUAUGCCUUCGACCACAGCGUGACAGGAGCGCUUCCAAAGAAUUUGCAGACUUUAACCUUUGGUCAUUCCUUCAACCAGAGCCUUGAGGGUGUCUUGCUGCCCAGCUCUUUGCACACAUUAACCUUUGGUCAUCGCUUCAACCAAAGUCUGCAAGGGAUUACGCUGCCCAGCAGCCUGCAGAACUUGACAUUUGACUCUGACUUCAACCAAAGCUUCGAAGAUGUCAGGCUGCCAGAAAGCUUACACACUUUGACCUUCGGCUAUGAUUUCAACCAGCCAUUCCGCGCAAAUUCUUUGCCUGAGAAUUUGCGAACCCUAACCUUUGGCAACUGCUUCAACCAGAGCUUGGCUGGGGUGAAGUUGCCAUGCAGCCUGGAGACACUGAUCUUUGGUGACGAAUUCAACCAGGUGUUGGCUGGCGUGGUUCUGCCAAGCACUUUGAAGACCUUAUUCUUCGGAGAGUCCUUCAGACAGAGCUUGGCGCAGGUGGCACUGCCAACGCUGAAGGCCUUGCGUUUGGGCGAUGAGAUAGAGAAGACGCUGGAGGGUGUCGUCCUUCCAAGUUUGGAGGCCUUGACUUUGAGUUGUGAUUAUCAUGAAGAUCUGGGUAUCACCUUGCCAGCUACCCUGACCGAGUUGACAGUGGGAGAUUGUCAAUGUCCCAUCCCAUUGCCGGAGAAUCUGCAGACCUUCACCUUGAGCGGAUUUCUGGACCUGCUCGAGGUCACUUGGCCAAGCCGAAUGAGGAUCUUGGCAUUUGGCGACUGUUUCGAUGAGAUGUUGGAUGGUGUCACUUUGCCCGACACACUGCAGUCUUUGAGCUUCGGAGUUUGCUUCGACCAAAGCUUGGCAGGGCUGAAGACUGCCCAAGAGCUUGAAGACUUUGACCUUUGGCGACUCGUUCAAUCAGAGCUUGGCAUCACCACCGCUACCAGAAAGCCUGGAAGCUUUGACCUUUGGGGUUUUCUUCAACCAGAGCUUGGAAGGCGAAUGCGGCGCCAGUCAUGUUGGUUUGCCUUUGAUCUUUGUAAUGCUUCAGAGGGAAAGAAACACGUUACUCACCGGGCCGGGCUCCUAAAACUCAUUCUCUAUUCCCUGAAAGGUGUGAAACUACCCGGUAAUCUGCGGACAUUGAGCUUUGGCAUUUCCUUUAACCAGAGCGUGAAGGCUGUGAUAUUUCCUUCCAGCUUGGAGACCUUGGCAUUUGGAAGUGAAUUCAACCAAAGCUUGGCUGGUGUCACAUUGCCCAACAGCCUGCGGACCUUGACCUUUGGCGAUCUUUACGAUCAACCCUUAGACCAUGUAACGCUGCCAAGCAGUUUGGAGACUUUGUCCUUUGGGGGAAGUUUCGACCAGAGCAUGUCAGAGGUAGCGCUGCCAAGUGGCUUGCAGACGUUGACCUUGGGCGAAGGCUUUAACCAGAGCUUGGAGCAUGUCCAAUGGCCAAGUAACCUGCGAUCCUUGACUUUAGGAGAAUUCCUUGAUUCCCAUGAGAGCUUCGAAGGCGUGGUGCUGCCAAGUAGCCUGCGUGAAAUGGGUGUAAGGGACUUUCAUUUGCAAGUCCACUUGGCAUCACAUAGCUAG